UUUUCUAGAUGUUUCUUAAUAUAGUAAAACUCUGAUUGACAUUAUUUUCAAGAAGAUAUAAAUUUCAAAUUUGGUGUUAACAAUUAUAAAACGCAAGAAAGCAAAUCAGCAGUGUUCAAGAAGAUACUGACCAGAGAGUAAAAAAAUGUCUUUGUGGCACGUUCCCGUUCAUAAAUACUUUUCACCUGAUCCAUUCUUGGAAGAUAUAAUGGAGAUUACCUUUCCUCCAUUAAGAUAUUAUCCAUUAUUUAAUGUUAGAACGGACGCUCUUACAAGAAAGAAUGCUAACAAGGAAAACGGAUUUGUUGUAAAUCUUAAUGUUAAACACUACAAGCCAGAGGAAGUUACUCUAAAAGUAGAAGGACAAACUCUUGAAGUAAGUGGAAAACAUCAUAAUGAAAAUGAAAAUGGAUUUGAGUGCAGUGAAUUUCAUAGAAAGUAUACUAUUCCAGAUGACGUAGAUUCUUCAGCACUUACUUCAAAUAUCAGUCAAGAUGGCGUUUUACAUAUAGAAGCUCCAAAAAAGCUCCCUGUAACUUCUGAUUCUGGAGAAUCGACGAAAGAGACAUUUAAAUGCACUUUAGAUGUAAAAGGUUUUAAGCCAGAAGAAAUUUCGAUUCACGUAAAAGGUAGAGAUUUAAUUGUUCAUGGUGAAACCAAAACGAAAAACAGUGGCGAACACGGUUUAAGUUUUCACCACAAACAGUUUACCAGAAACAUCUCUCUACCCGAUGAUGUUGACCCAUCUCAACUAAGUUCUCGAUAUACAAAAGACUUUAAAUUAGCUAUAGAAGCCCCGCGAAGUCAAAUUCAGACUCCGCUCAAUCUUGAAAUCAAAAUGGAAGAAUAAAUGUUAUACCAUUUUUGAAGAUUUUUUAAAAUUUAGUUAUAUGUAAUUGUAAUGUUUUCUACGUUUUUAGAUUUUACUAGAUACUGUAAAUUAUUUGUAAAUUAAUAAUGCAUGCUGUAAUUUAGAAUAUAUUCUGUAGUAUAUAUAUGUAAUGUAUAUGUAAUGCUGUAUUGUAAUAUAUAUGUAAUGCUGUAAU